AUGGAGAGCGCGGUGCAUGCGGCGGUGCCGCUUCGCGUUGGCAAGAAGAUGCGGAAGCGGCGCGAGUUGGACGCCCUGGUGGGGGGCGCGGGCUCGAGGGGGGGGCGGCUGCUCUCCGCGUCGAGCGACGAGGGCGAGCCCUGGGGGCGCCGCUCCGCUCGCCGCCGCCGCACCCGCCCCUUCGUCCGCCUCGCUGCCGCCCUAGGAUUGUGCGUGUGCGUCGUCUCUGCGGCGACGGUCCUAUGGCUCUUCGUGGACGUGAGGCGACAGAUCGUCUCGCUCCGCACGGAGAUGGAUAGAGUUUCCACGAGCAGCGAGGGCGUAGGGGACGCGCUGCAGGUGUGCCACACGGCCGCCAAGGAGCUCCGCGCGAACGCGACCGACCUGAGUGCGAGGCUCACAAGGCUCGAGGGCGAGCACGCCGAGCUCAGCAAGAGGGUGGAGCAGACGGCCGCCGAGCUGGCCUCGGUCUCGGAACAGCUGUCCGCCGCGCCGAAGCUGGCCGACACGCCGCGGCGGCUGGCCGAGCUGCAGCGGACCGUCGGCGAGAUCGGAUCGCAGAUAAACAGCUUCGACGGGGCACUGGCCUCAGCCCGUAAGCAGGCGGUCACGGCCACAACGGGAGUGGACGAGGUAAAGACCAUGCUCCAUCAGCUGGAACUGAGGAGCAACGAGACCGUGGCUAAUGUGGCCAGCAACGCCAAGAGGCACGACGAGCUCGUCGGCCAGAUCGCCUCGUUGAACGACACACUCGUCAGCAGGGUCGACGCCCUGCAGACUAGGCUACAGGAGAUAAAUAGGCGUACCGAACCAGUGAGCACUUUGGCUCCGUCGACGGUGACGUCAUCGACGACCACGACAUCGACCACGCCAUCUACAACCACCAGCAUCACCACUCAAACUCCAGGUCCGCCAGUGAAACCUCCGAUAUUGAGACAC